AUGCUGUUGAAAAAGGCACUCUUGUCACUGCUGCUGUCGUCGAUUGCAGUGGACGCUGCAAUUGAUGAUACUGCGCACUUGAGAAAGGCUCUUGCCGCUUCACGGAAGCAGACGCCAGUCGAAGAGCAGCCUGUAAUUGCCAAGCGGCAAUCAGAAGACACGCCGUUCUUAAAUUCCAAUACAACAAAAUUCGUCGUCAACGGUUCAGCAAUCCCCGAUGUCGAUUUUGAUGUUGGCCCUUCGUACGCCGGCCAGCUUCCUGUAGGCGGUGACAGCGAUGGACGGCUGUGGUUCUGGUUCUUUCCUACAACUGAUCCUGAUGAGCCAAAAGAGAUCAUUAUAUGGCUCAACGGAGGUCCUGGAUGCUCAUCAUUAGACGGUUUCUUAAAGGAACAUGGUCCCUUCUUAUGGGGUACAGGUACCUACGCGCCAAUUAAGAACCCUUGGAGCUGGCAUCAUGUCUCAAAUAUCAUAUACGUGGAGCAGCCAAUCGGCACCGGCUUUUCCCAGGGCACGGUGACCAUAACGAGCGAGGAAGAGCUUGCAGAGCAAUUUCUGGGCUUCUGGAAGAACUUCGUGACGACCUUUGGCUUGGAGGGCUACAAGGUUUAUGUUACCGGUGAAAGUUACGCUGGAAAGUACUGCCCGUACAUCGCCAGCGCGAUGGUCGACAAGAAUGAUACGACGUAUUACGAUGUUAGCGGCUUGCUUAUCUACGAUCCUGUAAUAUCGGAUGGUGUCACACAAGAGGUGCCCACACGGUAUUUCGUUGACUACUGGUCCGGCCUGUUCCCCUUCAAUGACACGACAAAGGCAGCUAUUGCAAAUGCUUCUGAGGCAUGCGGAUAUGAUGCCUUUGUGGACAAGUAUCUAGUAUUUCCGCCCGUCGGGCCGCAGCCUGUGCCAGAGAAAAUGCCGGGUAUCAAUGCUAAUGGUACCGAUUUGGUCGACGGCUGCGAGCUCUUUGGCAUGGUCUGGGAUGCUAUCCUUGCGAUCAAUCCAGGAUUCAAUGUUUAUUAUGUUGCUCAGCCAGUUCCAAUUCCGGACGACGUGCUCGGAUUCCCAUCAUCGGUCUUCUAUACUGCUCCAGGGCGGGAGAUCUACUUCAACCGUACGGAUGUCAAGAAGGCCAUCAACGCGCCAUUAGAUGUGAACUGGGAGAUCUGCUCCGAGCAAUCCGUCUUCGAUGGCGGAGACUCCUCUGACCCGUCAAUCUGGCAUGCCAUUCCCAAUGUCAUCGAGAGGACCAAAAACGUGCAGAUUUCACACGGUAGCUUGGACUUUGUGCUCCUGGCCAACACCUCCCUCCUAGCCAUCCAGAAUAUGACAUGGGGCGGCAAGCUAGGCUUCCAGAGUCAACCAGAAAGUCCUCUGUUUGUGCCAGAUCAUGACCAAUCCGUGAUCCCUGGAAUCAGUGGUCAAGGUGUCUUGGGAACAUGGCAUGAAGAGCGCGGUCUGCUCUGGUCGGUCGUCGACUUGUCUGGCCACAUGGUUCCCACUUAUCAGCCGGCUUUAGCCUUCCGUCAAAUUCAAAAGCUGCUCGGACGCAUUGAUAGUCUUAGUAGCCUCGAUCCUUUCCCACAAUAUUCGAAUGCUACCCAGCCAACUGCUGACGAGCUGGGGAAAGGCACCGCUCCGAUUCUGGGAAGGAAUGCAAAUGACACGUCUGGCGGCUCAGGAGGUGGCGGCAGCUGCAGUGCAAGUGGAUCAGGAACUGCAGCGUCGCCAUCUGGCACAUCGCGUUAG